AGAGAGAUUCUCUCUCUGAUAAGGAAAAUCAUAAACUUCAAUCUCCACCGUCGGAUCAAAUUCUCUUCCCUACCCUAUAUAUUCGUAACGCCCUCUUCGCUUCUCAACAACGCAACGCUUCGCCAAAAAAUCCAUCCUUUGCGCAAAAACAAAAGGAGAGACCUUUUCAUCGCAGCACACAGUAACCACAACCAUGGCGGCAACGGUGUCUCCUUGGGCCAAACCUGGCGCUUGGGCCCUCGCCGCCGAAGAGCAGGACGCCGAGCUCGAACAAGAAACCCAAAACGCACGACACGUCGUUGAGCCGCCCUCCGCCGACUACCCAUCUUUGUCUGUAGCCGCCACCGCCAAGCCCAAGAAGAAGAACAAGGGCCAGAAAAUCUCCCUCGCCGAGUUCACGGCCUUCGGCGCGCCCAAGCCCGUGGCCCAGCCUGAGGGCCUCACCCACCAGGACCGCAUGCAUCUCCCGACCGGUCCGCGCGAGCGAACCGCCGAGGAGCUCGACAGGAAUCGGCUUGGCGGCGGGUUCAGGUCCUAUGGGUCUGAUCGGGGAAACAGCAGGUUUUCCAACGGCGAAGAGUCGUCGGAUUCGAAGUGGGGUUCGGGACAGAGGAGGGAAGGUGGAUUUGGGAAGGAAUCGAACCGCGAUGGGCCUUCCAGGGCCGACGAGAUUGAUGAUUGGGGCGCUGCGAAGAAAUCGACUGUGGGAAAUGGGUUUGAGAGGAGGGAGAGAGGAGCAGGAGGUAGUUUCUUUGGUGGGUCACAGUCGAAGGCUGAUGAAUCGGACAGUUGGGUAUCCAAUAAGAGCUCUGUGUCGUCUGAGGGACGGAGAUUCGGUGCUUCCGGUGGUGGGUUCGAUCGGGAGAGGAAAGUGGGCUUCACAUCUGAUGGAGGUGCUGAUUCUGAUAAUUGGGGGAGGAAGAAGGAGGAGAGUAAUGGUGGGUCUGGUUUUGAUCGAGAAAGAAGAGUUGGGUUCGUGUCCAAUGGUGGUGGUGCGGAUUCUGAGGUUUGGGGGAAGAAGAAGGAGGAGAGUAAUGGUGGUCUGAGUGAGAGUACCGGAAGGCCGAGGCUCAAUUUGCAGCCGAGGACACUGCCUGUGAGCAACGAGACCUCACCUGGGUCGACGACAGUACCGAAGCCCAAGGGCUCAAACCCGUUUGGUGAGGCGAGGCCAAGAGAGGAGGUGUUGGCAGAGAAGGGGAAGGACUGGAAAAAGAUUGAUGAGGAGCUCGAGUCUGUGAAGAUUAAGGAGGUGGCUGAGAGAGACCACUCGCCCUCGUUUGGGAAGAGGAGUUUUGGGAUAGGAAAUGGGCGUGCCGGUGAUCGAACUGAGAGAGCUUGGAGGAAGCCUGAUGCGGCAGAUGCUCGUCCCGAGAGUGCUGAGGAAAAUGAGAGUAGGAGCAGUUCUGUGGAACCAGAGAAUGGCCAUGUUGAUGAGCAUGUUGACAGCCAUGUUGACGGGCAUGCUGAUGAGCAUGCUGAUGAGAAUUGAAGAGGCGUUUUACAAGUUUGGUGUAAGCCAUGGGAAAAGAUUUUAAGUUGAGCUGUUGGAUCCAUGAGGCUGUUGAAUUUUCAGUUUCAAUGAUUUGUGUUCUCGUCUGCGACUGUAAUACAUUGAACUUGAGACAAUUUUGUAGGAUUUUAAAUAGCUAUACUAGUUUUGCCCGUAAGGCUUUGUUUGUACGUUGUAUUUAAGAUUGAGAAAUACUUUAACUCUAAUUAUUAUUUUUGAUCCUUAAAUUCUGGUUCACACAGUUCAUGGUUGAA